CUCGGGACCAAAAUUGUUUACCCACGUCAGUGAGACCGACAUAGCAGUUUGGACCUACAAUUCUGCCCUCCAAUAUGAGAUUCUUAGGCAUCAGCGGCGGCUCCGCCGGGGGCAACACAGAGCAAGCUCUUCUCGCCGCCCUUCGAGCGGCCCAGACUGCGGCGAAAACACCAGCGACCAUUUCCUUAGUCCGUCUCAAGGAGCUGUCAAUCGGUUCUGGAGCCCUAGAUGGCCACCUUCCUCUCCCCGUAGUGGGAAAGUCGAAUAGCACUGGGCCAGUCUCUGACGACCGUCCAUUCAUACUCGACCAGAUCAUGGAAGCCGACGCUAUCAUCCUCGGUGCUCCGUGCAUAACGCGCACCAUCCCAUGGGAGGUCAAAUGCUUCCAGGACAGCACGCUAGGACCAUUCCAAGACGUGACGAUGGCCCAAAAACUGGUUGACGCAGGCAAAGGCCAUCUAGUCGACCAGCGCAUCUUCAAGCCGAGAGUCCUUGCGCUUGUGACAUUGGGUGGAGCUUUCACAACCGAGUGGGCGCCAUUUACGCUGCCCCUGCUGCACCAGGUGUUUUUCCCUCUGGGUACCCAAAUUGUCGACCAGAUGCAGGUGUUUGGCACGGGUGUUCCGGAUAGUUUCCUAUUGAACAGUGAGGCGAUGGUUAGGGCUGAGGAACUGGGUAGGAAUUUGGCGCAGCAGGCCCAGGCGACGACGGAAGGGGAGGCUACAUAUGUCGGUCCGCGGGGCAUGUGUCCGAUUUGCCAUCUCAGUAUGUUCAACUUUGUCGGUCGAGACGCGGUAGAGUGCGCUACUUGUGGCGCCAAAGGCAGGAUGGGCGUCGGUGACGAUGGACAUGUUGAGUUUGUGACUGAUUCCGAGGGCGAGAGCUUCUCUGUGCUCAGGAGGUCUGGAUUGAAGAAGCAUUUGCAGGAUCUCGAGCAAGGGCUUCAAGCGGAAGGGGCUUCCACUAAGGUGUUAGAUAUCAAAAAUGAGUUACUAAAGCUGGGCCAGAGCUGGGUCGUUGCGCCGCCGAGCCGAGGCGGGAGGUAGAAAUAGG